AUGGCACGCCUGCUCACGCUUGCAACGGUGCUCGCCUCGGCUCUGUCGGCCGACCCCUUCAACUGGCGCCCAUGCCCCGGGGUGGCCGACCCCCAGGUGCAAUGCGGGUCACUCGACGUGCCCCUCAACUACAAGGAUCCGUCCAACCCGGCUACGAUUGCGAUUGCAGUGCGUCGGUACCG